AUGACCUACAAGUGUAUCUUCACGACGAAAAUGCGGGGCGAGUUGAUGCGCAUGGCCAAGCACGACCUGUACUCUCCUUAUGUAGGUCAAUUCCCAACGACCCUAAAUCACUAUGAUCGCAUUCACAAAAAGAAAAAAGAGCCGGCGCAGAUUGUGCCGGGCGAUUCGGAUGGUAAGCAGAAGCAAAGCCGCCCACCACCAGAGGCAGGCGCGCUAGGAAUUUCCGUUGGCGGCCGCGUUGCGGCGGCCCGCGCCACACCAUUCGCACUUGGCCCAGCGCUCCGGCGGCAUUCCCUGGAGCCGUUGCUGGGGGGUGCAGGGCCGAGCCACUCGUUGCUGUGGUCGCAUUAGCGAGCGGCCCACAGCAACGAUAGCACGCAUAGCACGCACAGCACGCAUAGCACGCACAGCACCGUGCGCGGGCCAAAAUUGUGUGCUAUGUGUGCUGUGGCACCCCCGACACAGCAAACAUAGCAAGCAUAGCACGCAUAGUACGCAUAGCAACGAGUGGGCAUUAGGCCGAUUCUCUGCGACCCUGACUGCGCGCAGCAGGCGGGGGCGCGGCCGCAGUAGGACUAGGGUGCCAGGGGGCCCAACUGGAGCAGCCGCUUAUCCAGCGAACAGCGAGGAGCUCUACACUGCAGCCGUGGGAGUUCUAAUGACCCGGGGGCGUGCCACGAUGCAGGGCGACAAUUCAGCACUCGCUCCAGAUUCGACAGCCAUUUUUUUUUUCUUGUAUUGCAAUCAUAGCACAGAAGGGUCGUUGGGAAAUUGGCCUACUCGACUCUCCCAACGGGACCGCAGCGCGGCGCCGGCGGGCGUUUGAAGCUGCGCUCACGGGAGCAGAUGGUGAAGAUGCCGCAGGAGCUUCUUCUACACCUUCGUCCUCUUCCCGGGACCCUGGUUCUUACGAUGGGGCAGGUGCAUCCGGUGGCACGGCUACUUCUUUCGCAGAAAAGCGGCGCGCGAUGGAGCAAGACACAGCACGAACUAGCAAGAGGCCGUUCGAUUACCUGCACGUCGUUGCGGACGAGCAACAGGAGGAGACUAGUAGGAAAAGGCAGGAUCUUCAUGCGGCCAAAAACGAUGAACAAAGACAAACCCACGAGCAAGAUGUGGAAUCUGCUGGCGCGGAGGGCAGCGAAAAGACGAAAAAUAAAUCCGACGCGCCUCACAAGAACCCGCGUGAGAAGAAAACACGGCCGCUGACCUGGGACGGCAAGCGGGUGGACGGUGACCGGGAGUGGGACUUUGAAAAGGAAAAAGACGACGAAAAUUGGGCGAAGCUCACCAACAAGGAGCACCUGAUCCGCAGCGCGACGGCGGACGCGCCUGGGUUUGACCAGCAUCAGGCCACCUGUGCGCACCGCGACUGGGCCUUCGUGCGAAACAUGCUGCGCAGGAAAAGCUAUGCAUUGCAAAAAAAUUAUCGCACUCGUACUGAUUGCAAUAGCAAUCUCGCACGACGAUACAUCUUUUUUGUCCCUGAUUCUCCAUGAAAAUUCUCCUUUAGCCGAAAUUUCUGAUGCACCUGUAACCACCAGUGGCAGUGCGAUAGUUUUGCAAUGCAUAAGAGUAACAUGUUGUGGAGUGCGAAGAGCGACCCGUACUUUGACCGCAUGCGGAGUAUGAAACCCAGGGGGUACAAGAUGAACAAGAGCGGAUGAACGGCUUAUUUUGAGGGACAAAUGUUUGACUCAAAGUCAAACUCAAGAAACUCGAUGGCAUUCUGAAUGAAUUAUGCUGGUACAUUUCAAAUGUCUGUGCACUGUCGUUUGCACGCAGCUAGUGCUGUAUCAAUUUAACUCUCCUGGUGCAACUGGGUGCUGUGAUGACCACAAGUGAAGAUAAGCUUGAUAUCUCUGUUCAUCUGCAGGAGCGUGAUCUGCGGUUGUGCUUAUAGAAAAGCAGCAUCUGAAU